UGUGCGUUGCGCCCACUUUCGUCCUUCCCAAUCCAGUUUUCCGUCAGACCCCUCUAUACCCUCUACCUAUUCUGCGUACCCUAAUACUACCCCCCAUAUCUCAACACCAUUCUGUCUAAUUCAAGGAGAUGGCGGCAGAACUCAAACAAAAUCACGUCGGAAGGCCACAAGUGAAUGGAGACCACUCUACGUCAGAGCGUAUCCAAAUUGUCGACGAAGAGAAGAAAUUCACACCUGACCUUACAACUCAAAUUGAAAAAUGGGGUUUGCGAGACGCUGGUUUCUCGUAUGAUAUAGUCGCUGUGUUUGGUUCGCAGUCGACUGGAAAGAGUACUCUACUUAAUCGACUAUUCGGCACGAACUUUGAUGUCAUGGACGAAACAAAACGACAGCAAACUACCAAGGGUAUAUGGAUGUGUCGAGGAAAGAAUAUGAAUGUUAUGGUCAUGGACGUGGAAGGAACGGAUGGUAGGGAACGGGGUGAAGACCAGGAUUUCGAAAGGAAAUCGGCGUUAUUCUCUCUCGCAUCUUCGGAAGUCCUUCUUAUCAACCUUUGGGAGCAUCAAGUUGGAUUGUAUCAAGGUGCCAAUAUGGGGUUACUCAAAACAGUUCUUGAAGUUAACCUCGGCCUCUUUGGAAAGAAGACGCAAGACGGCACAAGUGGCCGCACCUUACUUCUUUUCGUCAUCCGUGACCACAUAGGCCAAACACCUCUUGCCAAUCUCCAAAAUACUCUUACCGUAGAUAUUCAAAGAAUCUGGGAGUCCUUAUCCAAACCCAAGGACUUACAAGAUUCCCGAAUGGCCGACUACUUCGAUCUCGCAUUCACCGCCCUACCUCACAAAAUCCUCUCUGCAGAUGCUUUUGAAUCGGAAGUCAAAAGACUACGAAACCGUUUCGUCGACAAGCAAGACCCGGAAUAUGUGUUCAAGCCUGCGUACCACAAGCGUAUUCCCGCAGACGGUGUUGCAUUCUAUAUGGAGAACAUCUGGGAGCAAGUGCAGAGCAAUAAAGACCUCGAUUUGCCGACGCAACAAGAAUUGCUAGCACAGUUCCGUUGCGACGAAAUCUCGGCGGUGGCUUUGGCAGAGUUCAAUGAACAGGCUAAAUCCCAGAAACGGCCGAUUGAAGCCGGCAAAGUGGUUGAUGGUGUUGGUGAGAUGAUGAGGAGUUGGAGGAAGAUGGCUUUGGAACGCUAUGACAGGGAUGCUUCUCGAUACCACCAAGGGGUAUACAAACGCAAGAGGACUGAUCUUCUUGCUGCUAUUGACGCGAUCCUGUCGCCGCUUUUCCUUGGGCAGCUGAAAAAUCUCCACAAGUUAUGUCUUAGCACGUUUAAGAAGGAUAUUCUUGACGGCCUCAAAGGAGAUGAUUAUGACUUUGCGGAGGUUGUCGGCAAGGCGAGGACCAAAUGUGAGAAGCGGUUUACGGAGGGCGCAAAAGAGGCUGUCGUUGAUCCUGAAUCCACGCAAUGGAGUUGGGAAGAUGAGCUUGAGCUGUUGAAGGAGGAAGUGAAAAUUGUUGGUGACCAAUGCCGAAAGGACGAAACCAAGAAGAUGGUCAACACCAUUGAGCGUAACUUCAAGAAACAGAUAUCGGAGCCUGUGGAGAUGGCUUUGCAUAAGGCCUCUCCGAAUAUGUGGGAUACAAUUUUAAUCGCAUUCAAGGAAACGUUGGAUAAGACAGAAUCGUCUUAUUUGUCGAAAGCACGAAGUUUCAACUGCACCGAAGAGGAGAACACUCUAGCUUUAGCUACCCUGCGCCGUCGGACAUGGCAGGCGUUACGAUCCAAGAUUGACGAACAGACUGCCGAAGCGGUCAUCUUGGGCAAAUUACGGGGACAUUUCGAGGAGCGAUUCCGCUACGAUGAACAAGGUGUUCCAAGGGUAUGGCAGCCUGGUGAUGAUAUCGAUGGAGCAUUCAAGAAGGCCAAAGACGAUACCCUCGACCUCAUACCCCUUUACUCAAAGAUCAAGCCGGUCAAUUUAUCUGUCGAAUACACUCUCCCUGACGACGCUAUUGCUGCCAGUGCCGAUACCUCAGGGAGCUCGGAAGAAUACGACUUUAACGCUUCGUUAACGGUGCUCUCGGAGACCAGGACGCUUGACAUAACAAACAAGUUCCGCAAAGACGCCGACGCCUACUAUGUCGAAGCCAAGAGAAGUACCGUUUCCAGUAUCGCCCACAUUCCGCUUUGGAUGUACGGUGUGCUGGUAGUUUUGGGAUGGAACGAAGCGAUGAUGUUGUUGUUUAACCCGAUUUAUUUCGUAAUGUUGGUGGGACUUGCUGGUGCUGCUUAUGUCGUGCUCCAGCUCGGCUUAGCGGGUCCUCUGAUCCAGGUUGGACGGACUGUGGCCAAUGAGGUACAAAGGCAAGCUACAGAUCGGAUGCGGGAACAUUUUAGAGAGCCUGUUCCUGCACAAGCAACGCGUGUGCGGUCAGCUGAUGAUGACGAUGAGUAUGAGCUACGAAGUAGGCGGGGUACAACGCCAAUUUAGCGUCGAUGAACUAGACGUUUAUCCGUGUCACCCAUAUAUUUACUCUUUCCCUGUCCUUGGCAAUUGUCGGUUCUGGAUUUAUUCACUCAUACCUGAGAAAUAGCUGCAAGUACAGUAAUUCAAUGGAUUUCAUAGACUGUCCUUCUGGUCAAAUGGGCUCAAAGCGGAUUAUGAGACUGA